GGAGAAAAGCACAUUACUGCGAUUGAGAGUGACGGAAUAAGCAUAUGAGCACAAUGAAGCUUAGAGUUCCUUAUGAAGACCCACAUAGAAGUGGUUUCCCAUCAUUGGAAGAAACUUCAAGGUUGCAUGACGUGCAUAUCCACAAAUCCUGGUUGAGGCUAGAGCUUGCUUCCUGUGCUCGUUGCCCGAGUGAUUUCCCCGGAGAGAAGACUUGGUUCGUGCUUCCUCCAUCCUGUUUUAGAACAUUAAUAAACAUGCUCAUGGAUAUUCUACUUUGGAGCCUGCGUGCUCAUGUUUGCCCUGUGUGGCCCUUUUGUUUUAAACAAUGUUUUCCGCUGCGUAUUGAAUUGUUUAUUAUGUAUGUUUAUGGAUGACUUAUGUGUGAAUGAUAUUCAUGACGCCUUGUAGAAUAUGAAUGUGUUGGACUGCGGUUGACUAUUCGUAUUGUACGGCGGGUUGUUGACGUGUCCGGGGAGGUCCGGGGCGUGACAUUUUCACUCAUGGUCAAUUGUAUGUGGCAAUAUUAAGGGUAAGGAGCAGAGAUUGUCUGAAGAUAUUCAUUCAAAAGAAAAAAGGUUCUCCACAAAGACAGUAAUGUUACUUAUAAAGAGUUUUUUCAAAACCUAAAAAUGUGAUAUUUUGUGUGUACGGUGUUACACAAUUCACGCGUU